CAAUGUUGAUAGUAAACAGCUGAUGGUCAAAUUUAUUCACGUUCUUAACUUAAAAUACGCAAUUUUUUUAGCGUAUUAUUCAACAAUUCUCUAAAUAAAACCAUUACUAGUUGCUAUGUAUCUGAGUUACUUAAGUCGUGGACAAUGGAAAUGCUUGCAAUAUUUACUACAAAUACAUCGACUACAGCUAAUGCGAAGACAUGUCCAUCUGGGAGCGGGAAGACAAACACAACAAAAAGAAAAUCUGCCGGCCGCUUUUCUGCCCAGACGCUUCUAUCAAGAACAGAAGGCUAAUGAAGAUUCAUUAUUGCAACGUCUUCAACAUGACUCGGUGAUAAUAGAACUACCUCAAUUGAUCAAUGGAUUACCCAAUCUCUGGGUGCAAUAUCAGAAUAUGGAUGAGACCAAUAAACUAGAUCUAAGGACAAAAGUUGUAAGAAAUAUUCUGCCCUUCUUGGACAAGGAUGAUCUUAUUAACCAUAUGACUGUGGAUGACUUAAGCUGCUGUUAUUUGUACUUACGAAAAAUUCAUAUACCCAACAGUAAUUUAACUGUGGAGAGGAUCCUUACGCAAGGAUUGCGCCUAAUAGAGGAUAGUGUUCAUGGAAAUCUUAUACCUCUGACAUCUCUCUCACGUUUUGCUGUUGGAAUUAAUUUGGAGCGUGAUUUUUUCACACCUUUGGUGUGUCGAAAUUUUAUGCCUCAUUUGGAUCGGCACAUACAUCAAUGCCAGACUGAAGAACAAGUCCGAUUAUUGGCCACAUGUCUAUUCCAAUUACAUCCGUUAAUUGAUCAGGAUUCAUUGCAAACGUAUAAGGAAAAAGUUCAAAAACUAAUACAAGACAAAACCUUGAGUGAAUUUACACCAAAAGCAUUAAUUAAAGUGUUGCAUAUGCUGAAUUUGCCGGUUUGGUCACAACAACAUACUCCCCUGAGAAGAAAAAUUAUGCUCACAUUGAUUCCAUGCCUUGGAGAGCUGGAAGCAAAUGAUUUGAAAAGCGUUUGCCGCACCUUUCUCCAUCAUCAAGAACCCGCUGAAUUGGUAGGACCACUUAAGGCGGCUACGGAAAAGAUUCUAAAAGAUGAACUUACUCCCGAUAAUCUCUCAUGUGCCGUGCCUUUCGCUAUGCCCCAACAAAGAGAUAAUUACUUAAUGCAAUUCAAAACAUUACUUUACUCCAAUGACUCCUGGUCUCUGCCCAAUACAAGCGGAUUCCUAUUCACUAUUCUAAGAGCCUUAAAAAUCUCCGAUUUGCAGCAAUGUAACACCUAUUGGUCGCUGGUCAUUAAAGAAUUGGACUCAUCGUUGGAGGAGCAAACCCAUUUAAGAUUUCUCCGGCAUUGUCAACGUUAUAUGAAUUUUAAUAAUAAUCUCGGUGGGACCUAUCGCCAUCAUGAUGUGGAACGCAAGCUAAGUCGCAUGUGCAUGGAAGUCAUUGAUGGUGGUGAUAUAGCUGGUAGAUUACCAUCAAAAUUCGCCCGUAUGGCCUCAUUCGUGCUGGCCUACGGUCAGACGCCAUUCGCUUGGAAAAAGUUUCCCAACAUAUUGUUGAGCAAAAUGCUAACAAUGGCUCAACAAUUUGAUAUACAGGAUUGCUUUCUGCUUAGUCGUGGCAUGCAAAUAGCCUGUGAAUUGCGUUUCCGUCACAAUGUGCCUCCAUUAAUGACCAUGCAGUUGACCACAAUGGAUAGUAUUCUAAUUGGUUGUGCCGAAAGGCAUCUCGAGGAACCGACACUGAAAGCCAGUGACCUCAGUGUCAUUGUGCGAACUCUGAGUCAUCGCAAGACCUUGAAAAACACACAGGUCUACAAUGAAGCACUUGCUCUCUAUAAAACCCUCAAUUGUAAUGAUCUCAGUUCUCGUGUGGUUCGAGAUAUGGCAUAUAAUUUUAAUGCCUCACACUUUUUUGUACCCGAAAUGUUGGACUCUAUGUUUGAUUAUAUUGCCCAGCAGCAUCAACAUAUUACCGGCGAUACGGUGGAAAAGGUGCUCACCUGUUCCUACAAUCUGGGCUACACACCAAACUCACUGGAAGCAUUGGAAAGAGCAGGAAAUAUUUUGUUAAGGGACUUUGAUCAUAUGAGUGGCCUUAGUCUAAUCCAAGCUAGCCUGGCUUUAUGUUUUUACAAAACCAUACCCGAACAAUUGAUCAAUCAAGUUUUCUGCGUUAAAUUCAUACAAAGAAUUGAGGAUGAGAUACAAAUAUGUUAUUCCAAGGCGACAUAUCCGGAACGUGUACUUAAUCAGGUUAUGCAAUUAAAUCGUACAGUUUGCUUGGAUAUGCCAGAGGCGAAUGUUCCCUGGUUUCAGCAAAAUUAUAUAGAAGCUCAGCUUAGUAAAAAACCAGUACAAACGUCCAUAUUUGGCAGAGAAGUACAACAACUGCUACAGGAUGUCCUGAAGGAUGAUAAAUAUUUUCGCUGUAAUCACACAACACCUUAUGGCUAUCAAAUUGAUUUUGUAAUACACUUUGAUAAGGACAAGAAACUCUUACCAGCCACUCCCGUAGAGUCAACUAUGUUGGAUCGUAUAACCAAAGUUGCCAUUUUGUUGCUUAAAUUGGACUCAUUUUGUGAAAAUGAUUUAACUGCCUUACGUGGUCCAGAAUCUUUAAAGAUCAAACAUCUGGAAAUGAUGGGCUAUAAGGUGCUACAUAUUAACGAACAUGACUGGAAUUCAAAAUAUAUGAAGGCUCGAGGAGCCAAGACUAAUUAUUUAAAAUGUUUGUUACAAAUUUCCCAUUAGAAUUGUGUUAGAAUUAAGCUUAAAUUGUACAAAAGUAA